AUGGGAAAAGUUUCUAUUAUCGCAUCAUUAGUCGUUGGAUUUGUAGCUAUCUCAAUCAUCUGUUUGUCUGUUGGAUUGAUUUAUAGGAAUAAAAAGGCUAAAGUUGAUACUCCUGCCACUGAAAUUAUUUGGUCCUUCCACUUAGAAAAUGAUUCUGACUUGAAACUUAAAGGCAAUCUCGAUGUUAUUGACAUCAACAUUCUUAAAACAGAGGACUAUUCCGUGGGUGCGUAUAAUGCUAAUGUUAAUAGCAUUGAGCAUGAAUUUCCUACAGCCAAACUCACUGGAUGGACUCACACAUAUCAAGAACCUCUCAUGAUACAGAAAUUUGUUGUUGAAUCUAAUGAGGUCAACUUUUUAAAAGUUGAACCUAUUUCUGGUUUCACUGUUUUCAAUAAUCAAGAUACAGGUGACUUUGACGAUUCCAAUUGUUCCCAAUUGAAGUAUAAGGAAAACAUUCUUUGGAGUGUUCAAGGUAACAGACUUCCUGCCAAAUCUGUCUAUAUAAACCUGUCCAUAAAAUCUCUUAUGAUUGAGACUGGUGACUCAUUAUUAGUAUUUAUGCACUUUGAUAAUUGGAAGCUUAUUUUAAAGUCUGGAGAUGAAACUGAUCCUGUUUAUACCCCUGAGGCCUAUACCUCUGAUGAACCACAACUUCACUUACGGUAUCAUACAUCUACCAAGACUUAUGAACAGUCAAAGGAAUAUAGUGAAUCCAAGUCUUAA